AGUCAUAAACCUCCCAUUUUACAAAAAUCUCAUUCUAUCUGCUACUUACACCUAUACUUACACCUAUACACACACAAAUGAUAUGAUUGUGUAGCAUCUUCAUUGCCACUACUCUGCCAGAUCUUGAAACCCUAGCUUGCUCAUUCUUCAUUUUACGCCACAUUUCGAUCGAUUUCGUUGUUUUUCGAUUUGAUUUCGGCGAUUUUUUGAUCGAUUGCAGUGUUAUAGUAUAGAUAGGGAGGGAGAGAGAGAGAGAGAGAGAGUGUGUGUGUGUGAUAUGAAAUAGAGUCUGGUUGAUAUGGAUGAUCGAGGUAGUGGCGGAUCGUUUGUAGCUGUUAGGAGGAUUUCGCAAGGUUUUGAUCGCGGAAAUACUUGUCAUUCAUCUUCUGGAAUAAAUUUGUACAAGUUUGGAUCUGUCCUGUCGAUCAAUUAGGUCAUAUUAUUCAUGCCUACUUAUUUUGAUAUUUGUGCGGAGGUUGUUGCGGGAUCGGCAGCAUGGCUUGGGAAAGGUCUUUCAUGUGUUUGUGCUCAGAGAAGAGACAGUGAUUCUCGCUUAUCAUUUGAUCUAACCCCUGCCGAGGAGGACUGCUUACAAAGGCUACAGAGUCGUAUUGAUGUGCCUUAUGAUACUUCCCUUCCUGAACAUCAGGAAGCUUUAAGGGCAUUAUGGGAUGCUGCCUUCCCAGAAGAAGAGCUUCAUGAUUUGGUCUCUGAGCAGUGGAAGGAAAUGGGGUGGCAGGGAAAAGAUCCAUCUACGGACUUUAGAGGUGGUGGCUAUAUAUCAUUAGAGAACCUGUUGUACUUUGCCAAGAAUUUUCCGAAAUCAUUCCAGGUUCUUCUCCGAAAGCAAGAAGGCGACAGGGCUAUGUGGGAAUACCCAUUUGCUGUAGCUGGUGUUAACAUCACAUUUAUGCUUAUUCAGAUGCUUGAUCUUGAAGCUGUUAAGCCACGGACACUGGUUGGAGCCACCUUUUUGAAGUUUCUUGCAGAAAAGGAUUAUGCGUUUGACCUUCUAUAUUGCAUAACCUUCAAGUUGAUGGAUCAGCAGUGGCUUGAAAUGCGGGCUUCAUAUAUGGACUUCAAUGCGGUGAUGAAAUCUACCCGUCGUCGUCUGGAAGAGGAGCUUAUGCAUGAAGACAUUACAAAGCUUGAGGAUUUGCCUUCAUAUAACCUUCUCAUUAGAUGAUGCUGUAGUGUGUGACAACCUAGUACGAAAAAACUGCUCUCGAAGCAAAUACCACCAGUUGACAUUUGAUAUGCUGUGUUAGUCUCAUUAUCUUUGUGGUAGAAGUUGACAGUCAAAGAGUCAUGCUCUACUUCGCAAAUGUUAGUUUGAUAGAUCAAAAUUUAACUUCUUCCAAAGUGCCAGAGCUGUUACUUCUUCUUUGACCCUGUUAUUAUCUUCAAGAGUGCAAGUUUUCUUACCCGGCAGUGUGCAACUAGCAAGUAGGUUCAGAAGUUUGGGGACUUGUAAUAUUUUUACAAACUGGUUUGUUUUUUGCGGAUUUUUCUACAGAAUCCACGCAUAAAUGACUGAAUGCUUGCCAUUUAAACAUAUCAUAGAGCAGUAGCACCAAUGUCCUUGUGUGUUUGUACCCUGUAGCAGCCAGACUGCAACCUAUAAGGAGAAACUCUAUUGAAAGUUGUAUGACUCUAAACUUCACAAUAAACUAUUUUGCAGUCCAUCAUUUGGUAACUGUUAUUUUAA